UAGCGGUGAAAACUCCAUCACUUUCAUCCACGGCCAACUCCAAAAUAUGUUCUCAUUCUUCAUAAAUCAUUCCACCCAUGGAUUAAAUUCCAAUCUUAAUCAUAUGCUUUUAACCAAUACAUGUUCAUUUGCCUCAUGCUUGUUAGUUGGUGCCAUUGAUUAUUUUGACACUAGCUCUAAAAGAUGAGCAAUGUCAAACAUGCUCCAAUGAAAUAAGGGAAAGGAUGCGCCUUCCCUUCCGUAUUUCUUCAACUUCGACUUGUGCCAUGUCCACCCUGUUCCUCCUCAGCGUUGGCUGGUAGUCUCUUCUCUGUGUUUCUCUCUCCUUUCCAAGAAAAGAUUCUUCUUUUACAAGCCCCAUUGACCAACCUUUUCCAUACACAGACACCCCACAUCGUGCUUUCUCUUUCUUUCUCUAUUUCCCAAUCCAAUCCCACCACCGACCUCACCAGGCCCAUUUUAACCUAAUUUCUUUACGGUUUUUUCUUUUCUAUUUUCACUUUUGGAACCCACCUUUUCGUUUUCUUGUCCGUCGUAGGAUUAUUGUAUAGUUCACCUCGUCUUUCCAGUGCCUUCUCUUUCUCUGUGUAUAAAAAUUAGCUUAUUGUAUGGAUUCACUAGGGUUUUAAAAUAUGUGUGUUCAUGCCCCUUUCCACUUUAGUAAUUAGUAUCACCCCGUAGCCUCCAAUUUGAUAACCCUCUAUACAAAAUUCGUCCUUGAUUUUUAUAUCUCAAAUUGAAUUGGGUAUUUAUCUUAUUGAUUGAUUAAUCGAAUGGCGUAUCAAGGAAUUCAGGGACCGAGCUCGGGAUCGAGUUCGAGUUCUGGGUUUCAGUACUUGAAUUCUCCUUUUGGAGAUACCACCUACACCAAGGUCUUCGUCGGGGGACUUGCCUGGGAGACGCAAAGCGAAACCAUGCGACGAUACUUUGAGCAAUUUGGAGAUAUUCUUGAGGCCGUCGUCAUCACUGAUAAGAAUACUGGCCGAUCCAAAGGCUAUGGUUUUGUAACUUUCGGAGACCCUGAGGCUGCUAUGAGAGCCUGUGCUGAUCCAGCUUCAAUCAUCGAUGGGAGGCAGACUAAUUGUAAUCUGGCUUCACUUGGGCGACCACGUCCACCACUGCAAUAUGGACGCAUGAGACCUGCUAGUCCAUACAUUGUAAGUGUGCAAGCUGCUCGGGGGGCUUAUGUUGGAAGUUUUGGUAACCCACAACCACUUUCUUACAGCUAUCAACAUGGACUGAUGUAUCCUCCGUAUGGGUAUGCUACAUAUGGACACGAGUAUGUGUACCCACAGGGUAUCUACAACCCUUACAUGCAACAGUACCUUCAAAUAUGUGGAGUUCCUCAAACAGUUAAUGCAGCCAUAUAUCCUAGUGGACAGUUGGGUCAAACCAUUCCUGGUAGUCAUGGUUAUACAGCAGUUCAAGGAUAUGCAAUUCCAGGUCAUCAGGUUGUACAAUUUGGUGGACCUGGCGUUAGCGCAAUAACUACUUCACCCAUGCCCACAAUUCAAGGACCAUAUCAUACAGGUUGGACUCAACAUAACCAAAUGGUUUGGGGAGGCAAGAAUUGAAUCCAUGAUGGCUAGAAGGCAUGACCUGAGAUCAGUGAUUUAAAGAGAACAUGAUUUAGAAGCUUACUUUUGUUUUUAGGCAUGGCAACACCUGUA